GUGUAUCUGAUUCUGACGAUCAGUGAGAACGACUAAUCUAGUAUGAAAUAUCUGUUGUGACCGUGUUUCGUCGAUCUCAUUAGCUGAUUAGUUCGAAAAUAGGUUUAUAUUUAAAUAAAUAUUAUUUAUAUUAUAACGUAGGUCUAAGAUGGCUUCAACGGCGGCAAUAGCGGCUAAGCUCAAGAAGAAGCACGUCAGAGUCAAGCACCAGAAAGUGAAGUUGUUCAGAGCAAAUGAGCCCCUGCUGUCCGUAUUCAUGUGGGGAGUCAAUCAUUCGAUAAACGAGCUGGUGCACAUCAACAUCCCGGUGAUGCUCAUGCCGGACGACUUCCGUGCGCACAGCAAAGUGCGCGUGGACAACCACCUCUUCAACAAGGAGAACCUUCCAUCACACUUCAAAGUCAAGGAAUAUUGCCCCAUCGUCUUCAGAAACUUGCGGGAGCGCUUCGGCAUUGAUGACCACGAGUUCAGGGAAUCUUUAACAAGGUCGCAGCCAGUGUCCGUGGAGACGCCAGGGCGCAGCGCCGCGCGCUUCUUCAUCACCAGCGACAAGAUGUACAUCCUGAAGACGCUCACCAGCGAGGAGGUCGAACAGAUGCACGCCCUGCUCAAGCAGUACCAUCCUGUGAGGCUUGUGAGGGAGAUGCUUGUGAGGGAGGUGUCCUCCCUUAAUUACAGGAAAUACGACCUUAAGGGCUCGACGGUGGACAGGGAGGCGUCCACCAAGGAGCUGGAGAAGGACUUGCCUACGUUCAAGGACAACGACUUUGUCAAGGACGGCACUAAGGUGCACAUCGGCGAGCCUGCGAAGCAGUCCUUAAUGGAGACCCUUACUGCAGACGUCGAGUUCCUGACCCGCCUGCACCUCAUGGACUACUCGCUGCUGCUCGGCAUCCACGACAUCACGCGCGGCAACACCGAGACCCAGCCCGACCCUGCGGGGAUGUCGGGGGACUCAGAGGAGGAAGACGUGGAGAUCUACGCCAUAGAGAGUCAUGAGAGCGCCCCCCAGCCGGAGGUGUACUUCAUGGCGCUGAUCGACGUCUUGACACACUACGGCGUCAAGAAGCAAGCUGCCAAGGCUGCCAAGACGGUCAAGUACGGCUCCUCUGCUGACGGCAUCUCGACCGUCGAGCCUGACCAGUACGGCCGCCGCUUCCUCGACUUCAUGAACCAAGCCAUCGUCUAGGAGCCGUAUCUAGAGCCGUACUAGAGCGUCUAGGGGCCAUACUAGAACAUAACAUAUGGUCCGUACUAUAAAGUUGUCUAGAGGGCGUACUAGGCCCUGAUCUAGAGCCGUACUCUAGAACAUGUACAUAGCUUAUCCUCACCUUGUUGUCUAUAUUUAUCUCGCAUAUGAAUAAUCUUGGAGGGACAGAUCACGGAACGUUUUAAGAUCAGUGUUUUUCAAGGAAUUACUUGUACUGUAAACUCAUAUCCAUCACAAAUUACUUGUACUGUACUGUAUAGUAUAGUACAUACUGUAUAGUAUGUACUUGCACAGUACUGUAUAGUAUUUACUUGUACUGUACUG